GAGUUGAUAACGGGAUUGAGAGGAACCAUAAUCCAUUGAUUUGUGCAGUCGUUCUGUUGUGAAGGAUAUAGUUGUCCACUAUAGUUUGUUAAAAUGACAAUUAUAACGAAACCUAUUACAGAUAAGAAGUCAGAUACAUUAGAUGAACCACUGGUGGACAAUGAACAAGUUGAAGACUUGCCACCUAAGGUGGAUCUGGAGGCAGGCACUCAGUUACGACCACAGUAUUUUGUUCUGAAGGCUCGUGCACGUCGAGUCUCCAUAGCCACAACUGUUUGUAUUUUCCUUACUGCCCUGUUGGUGAUGAGUGUUGGCAUCAUUGGCGGUGCGUAUCUGUAUCGGCAGUUUGCCAGGUCACAGAUGCACCGUUUCCGUGGCUGGUGCACCAUUCCAUAUGAGGGAACCAAAGCAACAAUGUACAUGGAUGAUCAGACCAACCCCAACCAGCACCAUGCGUCCCACUUUGCAGACCAUGAUUUGUUCAAGAGCCUGACAAAAUCCUCCCAAGAUGAAGAUAAAAGUAAUGGAUUUUUUCAAGAAGAGUUUGAAAUUGAUUUGGAAAAUGAGAAGUAUGAGAAGAUCAACGUGCCUGACUUCCGGGAUGGCCAAAGAGGACGUUUCAUUCAUGAUUUCAGUUCGAACAAGACUGGAAUCAUCGAUAUGGAUGGACAUCGAUGCUUUGUGAUGCCUUUGAAUCGCCAGCGAGUGCUACUCCCAAGAUCUAUGUUUGACCUCAUCAGGAAAUUGUGGGAUGGUUCCUAUGAGGUGGACACUGAUGUGGUGAGGGAAACUAUGCGUGUGGUGACACCUCCUAUUACUGACUUUGAGAACGUGGGCUACUACAUCUCUCGUGAGUGCAGUGGAUUCCCUACAUAUAUGUUGGAGAAGGUUACAACCUCUGUAUUCAAGAGGAGUGCAGAAGAGGACAACAAAUUGUUUGCAGUGUAUGCAGGGGACAAAAUUCUUCAGUUUAAUAUUGUCAAUGUGAAAGAGGCUAUUGCUUCGGAAGCAGUGCAGUCCAGCCCUUAGGCAUUGAAGUAUGUUACACAUUAUAUAUAAAUAAGAAAAUUUGUAUAAUUGCUAAUAUGCUUCCAGAUUUAUGUAUGUUCAUUUGUUUCCUUCUAAGGUAGGGUCAAGCAUAGACCAAAGACUGAUUCGAUGCCAGGGUUUUAUGUGUGGCUUAAAAGAAUUGUGGUAUUAUCUUAUUUGUUUAAAUUAGAUUGCAACUAGUGACAGGAAUUAUGUUAGGGAUUGAGUAUUACAACUUCAAUAAGAUGCACUCCCACCUUUUAUGAUAUUGUAGCUGUAUUUGUUUUGGUAAUAACAAAGCAUGACCAAGGAAAGUAGAAGAUAGUAGCCAUCUGAGGUGUUCCCAGUUGGAUGUUCAUUUGUUUCUUGAUGUAUACAUAUCUGUAAAGUUGGAACUAAGUAAUCAGAGAAUGAAAUGUGAGUUUGUGUUAUUGAAAUGUGAGUUUAUGUUAUUCAACAUUAUUAUAAAUAAAACAUUUAUGCUA